AUGGGAGACAAGGAGAGGUCGACGGAGGUGGAGCAGGAGGAGGAGAAGGAAAUGAAGAUGAGUCUUCACUGUGCUCCGAUCUACCCACUGCCUGAAGAAAUAAAAAAGAUGGAGCGUAGUGAGACGGUGUGCCGUUACUGUGGCGUAAGCUACCUCAUUUUCCACGAGUUCCAUCAGCUCCACACCCGACUGGCUCAGUUCGAGGCUGAGCUCCAGGAGCUGAGAGAGACCGCCCAGCGAGAGAAGGCCCAGCGAGAGGCACUGGAGCUGGGCAGGCUGGAGUGGGAGAGGGCACUUCACCUAGAGGUGCAGAGGCAGGCACUGGAGAGAGAGAAACUCAUGCGAGAAGAGCUAGAAGAGAGAAACAAAGACACGGAGAGAGCUCUGAGAGAGGAGUUUGAACAAAAGAAUGAGAGAAAGAGAAGAGAUAUGAAGGAGGAGUAUCAAAAAAUCCAUGAUGAAACAGAGAGACAACUUAGGAGAGAGCUGGGAGACUUAGAGGCAGAGAGACUGAGGAAGCAGAGAGAUGAACUGGAGAGAAGGACCGAGGAGAGAGAGACAGCUCUGAGUGACGCACUUCAAAAGGCCAAUAAAAUUGUAGCUGAGCUGAGAAAAUACCUCCAACAGCUGGAAGAGAGGCUGGCGCUAGCAGCUUCUGCGAAGGAGGAGGCAGAGCGGUUACUUGGAAAAGAGAAGCAGCAAGGUGAAAUUCUCAGAUGUGCGUGUGUGCGGCAGCAGCAGGCCCUGCGAGCCACUCUCUCCAUGCUCCACUCCUCUGCCAGUGAGCUUGCAGAUGUACGGGGUUUCCUCAGCCAGCUGAUGGAGGCGUGGCAGGCCUUCAGAUCUGAAAUACUGCAGUACAGCACACAGGUGUUCUCAGUGCUGAUAGAGGAGCUGAAGCAUUCCAGUGUGGCGUUUCAGAAAAUGAGAGAAGAGAAAGAGCACCUAACUCAGCAGCUGAUGGAGCAGAAGAGACAGAGAGAGGAGCAGCUGUACCAACAGAAAGAAUCAGAGAAAGAGCAGAGAGAAAAUCUCCUCAGGUUAAAAGGGGAGUCGGAGGAAAAAGAUGACAGGUGGUUGUCAUGCCAACAAAGGUGCCACACCCUGCAGGAGCAGCUGUCGUCAUGGCAGCAGAGAGAGGGGCAAACAAACAGGAAGUACCGUGCAGCUGAAGAGGAAGUGACACGACUGAGGGAAGCUCUGGAGAAGGUCCAGCAGGAAAUGAGAGAGCUGAGGAGAGAAAGGGAACUAUUGAUAGAGUCCAAUGGCAGAGCCCUGACCAAGUUGGAGGAAGACUGCAGACAGCAAAUGGCCUCAAAACUGGCUACAGCCCUGGAGGAGCAUAGAACCCAGAAUGCAUUGCACCUGAGGGAGCAGAUGGAGGAGCUUUGCAGGGAGGUGGAGUUAGAGCGGACAACUGACAAGGAGAAGAACCAACUGCUGCUUCUGCAGUACCAGCGAAACAGCACACAGCUUCAGCAGAAGAUGGAGGAGAGAGAGCAGGAGCUACGAGAACUGCAAGACGAGCUGCAGGAGGAGAGGAGGAGGAGAGAGGAGACACACCAGGAGCUGCAUCGUUGCCAACAGCAGGAGGCACUGCAGCUGAGCCAAGCUAAAGCUGAACUACAGCUGAUGACUGAGAGGAAUGCUGAACAGCAAGAAGAGGUGGCGUUACUCCAGGAGACAGUAAGAAGGGAGUGUGAGGAGAGGGAGGAACUGACUGCUGCUCUGUCUCAAGCUCAGGAGGAGCUCCUUGGGCUGCGAUCCCUAGCGUCUCAUCAGGGCUUCUCCAGGUCUCCUCCAAACCCCAUGGAGAGAAACCCAGGGAACAAGCAUUUCCAUCUGCAUAGUCAAGCCCGGUUACCUCUCACUCGCUCGUCAACCCCCCCGAACACACUCCGACCCUCCCCUGCCUGCGCAGACAAAGACAGAGGCCAGGGCACAGAUGGAGGAGGUGCAGGGAGGAGUUUGGAGUCCUGGAAUCGCGGUGUGGUGUUAGGAGGAGGGAAAAGGGGAGAGGGGACACUGCCCAGACUGAAGCAGCACAGGGAGCGAAGUCAAAUGUAAGGACAAUUUCAUGAUGGAGAGAAAGGAGAGACUGUAGAAAGCAAUCAGUUGUUGUGCCUGUUCAAAAUAAAACAUAAUUUUAGUGUUUUUUAAUAGUAAUUUAAUAGUAUUUUUAUAACUCCUUUAAAAUUAGUAAAAUAUCCCUGUAAUUGUGAACUCUAAAAGCCACACACACACACACACACACACACACAUAUGUACACGUAAACAGACACUUACUACACAACUACUGAGUCCUGUUCGUACACCAGUAAACUCCCAGGACCCACACCCUCCAACAGACUUGCACUUGUUUUCUCACAACCUACUCACGCAGUCUCCCUGGCACGCACAGGAUUUCACAAACACCCACAUGUGCACACAUACACACAGACACACACACAGGCAGCCUGUCACAAGGGUAGGGUUGAAGGAGCAUGACAGCGUAUCCCCUGCCUCCCGUGGACACAAACAAAAGGCAGGCAAACACAAAAGAAACUGUAAGGCAAGUACCCCUAGAGACACACACACACGCACACACACACACGCACAACAAUUACCCAGCACUCUUCCCUCAGGCAUUGGAUGUUAUUGACAUCAUUCACUCCAUGCAAGGUAUUUCCACCCCCCUCUCUCUCUCACUCUCUCUUCCUCUACAUUUGGGAUGAAUUGGCAUGAUGGGAGAAAUGCGUGAAGUGUGUGUGUGUGUGUGUGUGUGUGGGGGGGGGGGGUGGAACUAAUUUCCCCCCGCUUAAUGGCACACAUGGAAAGCUUUUGGUCUGACUUCCCCGUGUCCCUCUCUUUCCAACCCAUCUGCGAGACGAUGCCCGUGCACGUCUCUACAGAAAGGUGGGACGAUAAUGAUUUUAUCCUGCCAACGCUUCCUGUCUUUGCCAAAACACACACACGUUUAUCUGCUAAACAGCUCAGCCCGUGUGGAGAGGAUGUUCUGAAAUACAAAACAAUGAACAUACUGUGCCAUUAAAAGCUAAUUUUCUACCUCCUCCAUUUUUGACAGAGGGUUAAAUUGAACUUUUCCUACCACACAUAACAAAGUGGUGCAUAUUUUUUCCUGAUGUUGACUGUUGUGAAUUCUCAGGUGAGAAAUUCUUGAAAAUGAAUCUUAACGAAUCUUAAUAAAUCUUAACUACUCCACAAUUAACAAUCCCUUGCUGCCCCUUUAUUAAAAAAAAACAACAAAAACAAUACAUAUUCCCUUUGUGUGGCAAAGGUAGUGUUUUCUUUUGUGCUUUGCAGCUGACUUCUUGUUGCCUUCCUGUGUGGCCUUGUGUGUGUUUGUGUCUCCAGCGAGCGAUUGUUUCUGACCUAACAGCACCAUCGCUCACUUUUUGAAAUCACGUAAUGUCAUUGAAGGACAUCGAUUGUAUGGUCAUCAUCACAAUGUAUGUGUGUGUGUGUGUGUGUGUGCCUUUAUGUGUGAAAGAGGAAGACAUUGCAUGCUUGUGAGAGUGUGCACUAUAUUCCUAGGGGUGGUCAUUGUUAGAACAUUUUCAACAAUAAGUGCCAGUGUAAUAUCUUAAGUUUCUGUACCAACAACGGCUCACAUUUUCCCACUUCUGACCUUUGACCUUUCCUUUUAUCCCUGUUAAACUUCCUCCCACCAUGACCUGCAUGCCUGCCGUGUAUAUGAGGAGAUAACCUCUUUCGAUGCCAGUCAAAAGCGUUAACGCACUCUCCCUGCUCCUACUCUUUCCCACAGCACACACUCUCCCUGUCACUGUGUCUGCUCUGACCACACACACUUUCUGCCUCCCUCAAAACACAAACAGCCAUCUCUGUCUCUGUAGCUCUGGCACACACACAUAAAUCUGUCUCUGUGUCAAUAUUCUUUUAAUCUCUUUGGCUUUCUUUUAGUAAUCAACCCCUUGGACCCUGUUAGUAAAAAGCAAUUCCCUCUCAGCCUCUCCUUACUUUAUUUUUGAUUCAGUCAGCUCUCUCUCUUUUACCCCCGCCGCUCUUUUACUGGGGUAUUUUCCUUUGCUCAUGCCCUUGCUUUGUAGCCCUUGACCUGGUGUCCUUCCUGGUUUGUGUACUUGAGAGAGAGCCAUGGGCAAUGUGUGUGAGAGAGAUCUGGCCUGAACAGACACAACUCCUUGAAGUGCUUUCCACAUAUUGAUGUGUGCGCAACAGGCGCAUAGCAUAAAGCCCAAUUACGUUGACACGAAUGACAUUUUGAUCGCUCUCAAACAUUCAAAUUUAAUCACCCUUAACAAAUGCCCACACUCACAAACAUCCAUGUGUACACACACGCUAUGCCAUGCAGACACAUUUGGAGUGUGAUCUCGCAGUAAUUAUCAUAGCGGGGCAGGCAUGCACACGUGUCCCUGGGGAAUCUGUGUAAGUUGCUCGUAAAAACACACACACUCCAGGGAGUGGCGUGUGUGUGUAUAACUAAGCCCUUGUUCGUCACUAGGGCGUCCCUGAACGCCUCGCUCCUGCGUCGUUAUGGUUGUUCCGGAAUUCUGCCGUCCCGUGAGCCCUCCCACACCCUAUAAUCAGUGACACCCGGGCAACUGGAGAAAGAAUGCACAGUAUUCUUGUCGUGGUGGAAACUGCGUAAGUGCGAGGGCCGAAGGUGCUGGUUGUAGGUGUUGGUUAAUGAUAGGGACAAUGAGAUCUCAGUCUGCCACCUCAUGCGGUGUAUUAGUAACACUGAGGCAUGUCUGUCCCUUACAUACCCCAUAGAGCCUCAAAUAGGUUAUGAAAGUAAUGCUAUGUUUGCAUGAUUACAAUAGCUUCAGACGCAUACACACGCAAAUACAUACGAGCUCAGGAAAUAACCAAUCAAUGGCAGUAUUUAACUGUUAGUUACGCAAUAAUUUGCUCUUGGGCUUCUACUGACACCCCCAACCCCCGUUUCCUCCCUCUGUGAGUUGUGCAUGUACCCUGCUGUCCCCAUGUACACUGCACACAGCAGACUAAACGUGGAUAUUUCACUAUAUUUGCCUGUAGGAAAAAAAUGAGCUCUUGUUGCUGGAAAACUACCUGGCCUUUAUAAUUGCCGUGUGUUAGUUUGUGAUAAUGAUUCAAAACAACUUUCUUUAGGAAAAUGAACAUAAUAUAAACCAGUUAGGUCACAAGAUGAUUAAUAGGAUAGGAAAAUCCUUGUUUUGUUUCACUAAUUUGAAUUCCUCUUAAUUUUUCAGACUUUAAUCUUUGCUUCUUUUUUUUGGUGAAAUAUUAGAUUGUUUGACCUCUAACAGGUAUUCAAAUUAAACAAUCUAAGACAUGUACAGGGGGAAAUCACUUUUUGGUGGCAAGCUGUGAUGGAGGUUAGGUAAUAAUGCAGGAUCCGCCACAGUUGAUAUUUAACUUUAGUGGUGCAGAUCCCCUAACAAUUUAGCAAUGAAUCAAAUUACCAAAUUACUUGCAAUGACACUUCGGAGACAGUAAACCAGCAAAUAAAUAUUUGUGAAUGUAGAUACACACACACACACACACACACACACACACACACACACACACACACACACACACACACACACACACACACACACUACAGCGGUGUUGGCCCAUAAGUCAGUUGUUGGCAGUAAAACUGAAAACAUUGCAGUCAAGUGUCCUGAAGCAUCAGGUUGUUGGUGGGGAUUUGGUACAAGGUUAGUUGAGUCCUUACAGAAUCUUUCAAUAACCCACUGCUUCACUUCACUCCCAACUCUUUAACUGGUGUGUCUCUAGUUCUCUCUGCUGUCCGUAUUUAGUUACUGCAAUGCUUCAAGGCUGUAAAAUCCCAGAGGCUCAAUGGUUAAGUGAACACAAUGUUCCCUUUACUGGCAGUUCACAUAGACACAAUCACAAUCACUGCCAGAGGCUGGCACCAGUGUCAACUUAAAGUUAAUAGGCUAAUUUGUCUGAACCCAGCUUGUCCUGUUUUUCCUAUAUGUGUUGCUGUAUAUUUAAACGGUUAAAUUUGCAAAGUAGAUAUUACUGACGUCCUAUACACUGUGUGUAAACUAGGCAUACAAACACUGAUUUCUUAAUAAAAUCCUCUAAAUUG